AUGUCGUCCGCGGCCAUGUCCAAGAAAAAGCAGGGGAAGAAGGUUGCAGAUCCGAAUGAGACCUCGAAGCUGCUGGCCGCCAAAAUCUCGCAGCUGGAGCAAGAUGCUGCGGGAGAGAAGGAUCAAGAGGCCGAGAUUGAGCGCGAGGUCAAGAAAGCCACGAGAGAUCUCAACCAACUUCUCAACAACAUCGAAUCCCCGAUGACGCGGCUCGAGACUGUGCACAAGAAAUACACCGAACUUCUGGCCGACAUGAAGAAGCUGGAUCGCGAUUAUGCCAAAAGCAAGAAGCGGGCCGACCAACUCCAAAAGGACCAGGACAAGGGCAAAUCGGAAUUGAACAAGACCGUCACCAUGAAAGACAAACUCGAGAAGCUGUGCAGAGAGCUCACAAAGGAAAAUAAAAAAGUGAAGGACGAAAACAAGAAGCUCGAAGAAACCGAGAAGAAAGCACGGCUGAUCGUCAACGAACGCCUCGACUCGCUUCUGUACGAUAUUCAAGACGUCAUGGCUGCCAAAGGAAAUCCCCGCAAUGAGAAAGUGGAUAUCGAUUUGGACGAAGCUCUGCGUGCGAAGAUCAAGACAAUCGGCGAGAAGUUCGAAAUGCGUGAACUACACUACAAGGCAUUGUUACGUAGUAAGGACGCAGAGAUACAAUGUCUUACCGCCAAGUACGAGGAACAGCGGCGAGCAGCGGAGAACGAAGCCGCCCGCUGUCGGGCAUUGAGUUCCCAGGUGUCAACAUUCUCGCAUACCGAGGCGGAGUUGCGCAGCCAGCUCAACAUCUACGUCGAAAAGUUCAAACAGGUGGAGGAUACGCUGAACAACAGCAACGAGCUUUUCCUUACGUUUCGCAAAGAGAUGGAAGAGAUGUCCAAGAAAACUAAACGGUUAGAAAAGGAAAAUCUCACUCUCACGCGCAAGCACGAUCAGACGAAUCGCAACAUACUGGAGAUGGCCGAGGAGCGCACAAGAAACCAUGAGGAGCUGGAAAAAUGGCGGAAGAAAAGCCACCACCUCGAAGCGCUCUGCCGACGAAUGCAAGCCCAAGGGCGGGGGCAAGGUCUUGCGGCGGAUCUGGAAGGCGAUGACGAGGGCACGGAGAGCGAGUACGACGAGGAUUACGAAGACGAAGAAGACGAUGAGGGAAUUAGCGAUGACGAUUACGAACUGGAAAGCCGGGACGGCGACCUGAACGGAGACCGCAACGUUGCUCAGCAGCCCGAGAAGCCUGUGUUCGGACCCCCUCCGCCACCUAAUCUACUGGAAGCGCGAGCCAACGGAAAUAAGGCGAUGAUCAACGGAUGUCACUAAUACCUUUUUUUCCGCGCAGAAGUUGUUUUCGAAUAUGGUCUUUUGGGCUUGUUCUUGAUAUCAAAUGGCAAAGGGAUUUCCUGGCGGCACUAACGCCACUGCCGUCAGUCUGAGGGUGGGUCAUGGGGCUGAUGAGCUGACAAUGAUACACUUUCUGAGCGCUAUGAGUCGACGCAAACAAUGUCAAUGCUGGCCUCUUCAUCUAGGAUGCCAUCGCUGCUCGAUGCAACACUUGUAGUCGCACCAGGUGUUGCAAAGAGAAUCGGUGCUAAGGCUCCUCAUCCACAACCCCGUUAAGGCCUUUGAAUUGCAGUAAGCACUGUCGGAGCCAUGGGCCCUUUGCGAGUUGCAA